UCCACCACUUUUUUUGUCCAAAAUUUCCGAUUAAUUGUGGUUCAAACUGCGUAAUUAAGCGUGCUAAAACAAUUUUUUGCUCUCAACAUCAGAGCCAAAGACAACUGGGGGCAGCUCAAAAGUUACCAAAAUAACCCAGAGUUUGCUGCGGACUUGAUAUAGAGAUAGACAGAAGAGGUGUUAUAAAUGGCUGCACCAGCUGAUGAAGACAAUAAGGGAGGCUGCGUGAAGAAGCUUCCCUCAUCUACAGUUCGCCUUAUUGGGAGUACCCAAGUCAUCACAUCGCCGCUAAGUGUUGUAAAGGAAUUGUUGGAGAACUCCUUGGAUGCUAACAGCACAAAUAUACAAAUUAAACUUGAGAAUUUUGGAUUUGAUAAGAUAGAAGUGAGGGAUAAUGGCUCUGGCAUCAAAACCGAGGAUACAGAAUUCAUGGGACAGCCACAUUAUACUUCAAAGAUAAAGUCACAUGCAGACUUGGAGGGCUUGGUUUCUUAUGGAUUUAGAGGAGAGGCAUUAGGUUCCUUAUGUGCUGUUUCUAAUGUUGCCAUAACAACUAAGACAGCUGAUGACCUUAUCGGCUAUACAUACAGUCUGGACCACAAGGGACAGAUCAAGUCGAAGACUCCUUCACACAUGGGACAAGGGACCACAGUCAUUGCAACAUGUCUUUUCAAAGACCUCCCAGUCCGGCGCCAGUUCUAUAACACAGCAAAAAAGAAAAAAGAAUGCUUGAAAAAUGUUGAAGAUUUAGUUAUGGCAUUUGGUAUCAUUCAUCCAGAGAUUCGCCUUACUUUACACCAUAAUAAGGAGAGUCUUUGGCAGAAGAGUGUCGUGGCUAAUUACAGAAUGGUGCUGCUUAAUGUUCUUGGGUCUGCUUGUGUGAAUUUCAUGGAGUACCACGACUACCAUGAUGAGGAGGUGGACAUUGAAUCGUACCUGCCACGCCCUAGUUCAAACCUACAGGUGACUGGCAGAACCAAUAGUGAUCGCACAUUCAUAUUUGUCAACAAAAGACCAGUUAUCAACAAAGACAUUGAAAAGCUUCUCAAAAAGUACUUCACAGCAGGGACCAACUCAGAAACAUCACGAUAUCCGGUUGCUUUUGUGAGUCUUAACGUGACACCUACUGGUCUAGAUGUGAACCUCGACCCCAACAAAACACAAGUAAUGUUCCACCAUAAGGUGGAAAUUCUCGAAGCGUUGGAAAAUUUGUUAUCUGAUCUGUAUGGCUCCUUGGAAGAAAAGAUGAAAUCAAAAGAGUCAGAGAAUGUUGAUUUGGAGAAUAACAAUGACAAUGACAAACAGCAUCAAAUGAAGCCGGACAAUUUGUACUCAAGUGUUGACGAAGUUGAUUGUGGAUCUAGAGUUGACUUAGAGUCAAGAAAUUUAGAGGAAGAGAAGUACGGCUGUGGAUCUGUUGUUGUUGUAUCUCAGCAUUGUGACCUUGGUGAGACAAACACUGACUUGGAAGGCAGAUUUACAUUGAGAGAUGUCACAUCUGCUUCUGUGAACAGGGAAAGGGAGGAUUGUUUGGUUUCAAAAGAGAAGGAUUCUGUGACAAUGGGAGAGGGGGAGGAUCCUAAUUCAUGUGCUUAUAUCGGUAACUCCAGUAACUUGAGAAGUGAUGAUGGUUUUAUGCAUGGUACUGUACUUAUGCCUCAUAAUGCCUAUCACUCGUCCAAUAAUGUUGAAAUUGGGGCAAGUGAUGUCAUUUUUCACCAGAGGGUAUCAGGUGGUAACCUGGGUGCAACAGUAGAGGACAAGAGUCUUUAUGAAUCAAAUGUUUUGGAAGAUUUCAAUGAAAUCUUUGAGCACCCACUUUUGCAAGAUUUGCAAGCAGGAACAACUGGUGAUAGAAUUACAAAUCAAAAACCUGGUUUUGUUUUUAGUGAUUUGGACACAAAUAAUAGACCUAGCUGUGGAUCAGAAGAAAGAGAUGCAGCCAGGGAUGUUUCAAUGGAUUUUGAACAGCAGUCGAGUUUUCGUGACCAAUGUGAUAUUCUGAGUGGUGGUUAUGAAAAACUUCAUAAAGCAAUGGGGCCUAAAGGGGAUGAUCUUUCAUUGCUUGGUCAGCGCAGAAUAAGUGCUGCAUCAGACUCCGAGGCUUCAUGGGACAGCAUGAUGGCGGUGCCAUCUGAGAACAAGUCCGGCAGCUAUACUCAACUUCACGAAGGAGAUUCAAAACUUGUUGGUGGAGAGCAGAUUGAUGGUGCGGAGGAUAUGGAAUCUUUAUCAAAAGAGGGACCCCAGGGACGAUUGUCGAUCAGUGAUAUUUGGAGCAAAGGAACUGGGCUUGUUGAUAAAUGUGGGAGGAGUGUGGAGCCCGUGAAACUCCUCACAGCUCGUCCAUCGGUGUCUGCUAGCAAAAGCAGCUGUGCUGCUGAGGCCCAGAAUAGACCAGUGAAGAGAGCAGUUACAGCUGAACUGAGUGCAGGGCAGAAGACACUGAUGGAGUCCAUGGGAAAACCAAGCACAACACCAAACACAGCUUUUGAACUUUUUGUCAAAGACCAUAAGGAUAUCGUCAUGGCGGACAAUCCAGACGCAGACAGGUUUGAAGUUAAGUACCUUCUGAAACAGGAAUGGAGCGAGCUUCAAUCGCCAGAGAGAAAGCAGUAUGAAGAUAUGGAAUAUAAGGAGAGAGAAAGGUACUGGCAAGACUCCCUUGUUCAACAGAAAGAAAAGCACAAAAAGGGAGUUGAAGAGGUAUCAAAAGACAGCAUCGUCAGAAAUUCAGGGGAUAAUAUGGCAUCCAAAUCUGGCGAGAGAGUGGCUAAACCAUCUCAAAAGAAGAGGAAGGUUGAGAAGAUCAUUAUUGAUGAUAGCAAGCCAGAACACAGAGAUGGUCAAACAGUAACGUUCUCCUUGGAUGAGUUGAAAGCCAAGUUUUCUUUGGGUUUCAAGUUGACGCAGAGUCAAAGACAAGAAGAUCGACCAAACCCAAUCGGUCCACUGAAGUCCCUCGGGAUCUGGACUUGUUGUCAUGGUAACAAACUGUUGUUGUUCAACCACUGGAGAGCACAGGAGAUUCUACUCUACCAUAAGAUGAUGGCAAAUCACCAGAUCUUAUGCGAACCAAUGAAUAUGACGAUCAAACUAAAGUUUGAUGCAUCAUUAAUUGAGGUAUUAGACAGCCUAAAGAAGAAACAAUACUUUCCUGAUACCAACCACUUCAUUGAAGAUGAAAGGUUGAUCAAGAAUGGCUUCAGAGUGAAAAAAGUUGGAGAUACAAACGACUACGAGAUUGUGCAAAUGACGGCAUCAUUGAUUACUUGGUAUGACGAAAGCGACCUCAAAGAAAUCUUGAAUCAUAUCCAGCAGAGUCCACAAGCAACGCUGAAAGAGUGUCGACCCCUCAAGGUCAUCAAUUAUUUCAAGGCUGAAGCAGUAAGAAUGAGUCGGCACUUAUCGAGUAACAUUGGUCGAUCUGAAAUUGUAGACAUACUAGAUCAAACCUGGGACACAUUACCUCAUGACACAGACACCUGCCUGCAUGGCAAACCUAUUACACAUGUUCUUUAUGACCUUGACCAGUUACCUGGGACCCAGUAUACACAGUCUACACAGGAUUGAAUAGUGCAAAUACAUUCUUAUACAAGAGCUAAGGGGGUCAGAGUAGUAGUCUUCAGGUGACUUUUAUGCCCAGUUAUCUAAACAUUUUUCAGAGUGGAUUUUGCAUCCGAACUGUUCAUGUCCUGGAAUGGCCUGUUAGAAAGUAUAUGUAUGUCUAUGUCCUGCAUUAGAUCUGAUCUUAAAAUGUACUCAAAACUUGGUUCCAAAUAAAAAUAUACCGUAAUUAUUCG